AUCAUAUUCGUUUUUUUCUGUGCUUCAGAUCAAAAGGCAGAUUUCAAUUUUUAAGAAUUUUAUGAUGUUGGUUUUCAUAUAUUGUUUCUUAAAAAUAAAGUGAACGAAAAGAUACAUUUUUACAUUGCUGGGAUGGAGUCGCUAUAAUUUAGUUGUAUUUUCGAAAAUGGUUAAACUGUAUUGUAUCAGUGUGUUGUACAAAGGAUCUACUAAUGCCACUUGGCUAAAGUCUGCUUAUGACCUGCAAAGUUUUAGUUUUUUCCAGCGAGGGUCUGUGCAAGAGUUUAUGUCGUUUUUCUGCAAGACAAUUGUUGAAAGGACUAUACAAGGUUCUAGGCAGUCAGUGAAAGAAGGAGAAUAUUUUUGCCACGUUUAUGUGCGUUCAGACAAUUUAGCUGGGGUCGUUAUCUCAGACCAUGAAUAUCCCCAACGUGUUUCGCACACACUUCUUACAAAAAUACUAGAUGAAUUUUCUGAAAAAAUACCACCUUUAAAUUGGCCUAAUCUUCAGGAGCGAGAUGUAGCAUUCCCUCAACUCAAUACAUAUUUAGCAAAGUAUCAAAAUCCAAGAGAGGCAGAUGUUUUAACAAAGAUACAGGACGAGUUGGAUGAAACAAAGAUUAUACUGCACCAUAACAUUCAGGCCGUUCUAGACCGUGGGGAAAAACUUGAUGAUCUUGUUGCAAAAUCUGAAGGUUUAAGUAUUCAAUCGAAGGCAUUUUAUAAAACUGCUAGGAAGACUAAUAGUUGCUGUACAUUCACUUAACUGCAUUCCAAAA